AACUGAAAAGCAAGCGCACUGUUAACGGAAAUUUACAGUAAAAAGUGGAGGCGGGAAAAUUUCCGAUGGCGCAAGAUCGGAAGAGGCAGAGACCGAACAUAUUGAUCACCGGAACUCCUGGAACCGGCAAGACAACAACGGCAUCUGCUUUAGCAGACGCCGCUCAGCUUCGUCAUGUCUCCGUUGGGGACCUUGUGAAGGAGAAGAGUUUGCACGAUGGCUGGGAUGACGAACUCCAGUGCUAUGUAAUCAACGAAGAUCUGGUCUGCGAUGAGUUGGAGGAUUUGAUGGACGAAGGUGGAAUCAUUGUGGAUUAUCACGGUUGUGAUUUUUUUCCUGAGCGGUGGUUUGAUCGCGUGGUUGUUCUCCAGACCGAGAACUCUAUCUUGUAUGAUCGCUUGACGAAGAGGGGAUACGAUGGAGCUAAGCUUUCAAACAAUAUUGAAUGCGAAAUCUUUCAGAUAUUGCUCGAGGAAGCGAAGGAAAACUAUGAGGAGAACAUAGUGGUGGCUCUAAGGAGUGACACUGUUGAAGAUGUAGCUAGAAACGUUGAAACUCUGUCGAACUGGGUUAAGAAUUGGCUUUCUUGAUUUCAUUUUUAUGUAAAGUAAAAGAAAGCCGCCUUUGCUGCAUGAUCGAAUUGGGUUUCUUGCCAGAUUUAUAUAGUUAUAUAUCUUCCCAAUUCCCCAUUAUUUGGAGUA